AUGGCAGCUCAUACUGUGACGGACACAAUGAAGCAAAUGAGUUUUUUCCAGAAGGCAGAAUCUGACCUGGAUUAUAUUCAACACAAGCUGGAGUUUGAAAUAAUGAAAAACCUUCCUGAGGAUCCGGCAGCAGAGGAAAAUCCAGUGACUCUCUUAGAGGAACUCUCAGUGGUAAAGUCACAUUACAAAAUGUUGUGUGUGCAGCUGGACAAAAUUUCCAGAGAGCAAAUAGAGUCCAUGAAUUGUAUCCGUGCUGCUCUAGAAAACACUAUGAAGAUGGUGCAGGCACUACAACAACACACACAUCUCGAGCUUUUACCUUUGUCGGAAGAAGAACAGAGUGCAGCACAACAGUUAACAUGCCAAAUUGUUAAAGAAACAGAUUCACCAGUGGAAGAGCCUAUUUGUUCAGUGUCAACAGUUCCUAACCCCAGUGAAGAAUCACAGUUCAAACCACUGACUGAAGAAAUGCUUAUGGCUAUACCAAGGAGUAUUAGAAGUACUGUUAAAUUAGCAGACCUGAAUAGCUUUUACAGGGAACUAUAUAACCACUUUGUUGUACAUAAGAACAGAGCAGCGUUGAGUGUUGCACAGAUGAACAAGAUGAAUAUGAAAGCCACUGAUUCAAGGGUAAAAACACUGAAAGAACUUUCAGUUGUGGAGAUUGACAAACAAGGAAAUGCCAAGUUAAUUGUUUAAGCCUCAAUCAUUUUGUUCUCGUAUUAAUGCACAA